AUGCCACCGUCCACCUGCGAGAUCUGCAAGACAGCUCGCGCGCAGAUCCUCCGCCCAAAGAACCACGCCCGCAUUUGUGCACCGUGCUUCACUUCAAUCUUCGAGGAUGAAGUCGCCGAGACCGUCCACUCCACGAACCUAUUCCAGCCUGGUGAAAGAGUCGCAAUAGGCGCAUCGGGCGGCAAAGAUAGCACAGUCCUCGCCUCCGUGCUCAAGACUUUGAAUGAUCGCCAUGGAUGGGGCCUAGACUUGGUAUUGCUUUCAGUGGAUGAAGGAAUUCAAGGCUACAGAGAUCACAGCUUGGAGGCCGUCAAGAGGCAUAGCGAACAAUAUGGACUACCGCUGAAGAUCGUCAGCUACGCAGAGCUUUACGGCUGGUCGAUGGACCAAGUCGUGGCUCAAGUCGGCAAGAAGGGCAACUGCACAUACUGUGGCGUAUUCCGGAGACAGGCGCUGGAUCGAGGUGCCGCGAUGCUUGGAGUGGGGCAUGUGGUGACUGGACACAACGCCGACGAUGUCGCAGAGACGGUGCUCAUGAACCUGCUGAGAGGAGAUCUGCCUAGACUGAGCAGAGCAACGAGCAUCGUCACUAGUACGCCCUCAGCGAAAGCCACGAAGUCUGCAGACGGCGAAGUGUCAUUCACAAACGUCAAGCGCUCCAAGCCGUUGAUGUACGCCUACGAGAAAGAGAUUGUAUUAUAUGCUCAUCACAAGAAGCUCGACUAUUUCAGUACCGAAUGUAUCUACAGCCCAGAGGCAUUCCGGGGAUCCGCGAGAACGCUCAUCAAGAAUCUGGAGCGCAUCCGGCCUGAAAGUAUACUGGACGUCGUUCGCUCUGGGAUCGACAUGGCCAAACUGGUGCCUGAUGCAAAUGGCAACUGUAAAGGAGCGUGUGGGAGUGACCAAGACGUAGCUGCAGAAGGUGCAGAAGACGAGGCCGCCGAAGGCUGUGGUACUGCCAACGGAAAAUCGAGCGGCGGAGAGAUGGCUGAAAUGGAGGAGCGGCUGCGCCAAGAUGAAGCUGCUGCUGCCAACGGCCUCGAGACUGAGGUCAAAAGUAAAUUCAAACUCCUCUCGCAGAAUGCAGCAAACGGGACUGGCCAUGCCCUUGAGUUCGACGCCAGCAAGAACACCAUACCAAUCCGGACGAAGCAGGAGAAGCGAUCUGGCCGCAGACAGGCACGAAACACGGCUCCUCCGAAGCAGAAGCUCGGCCAAUGCGAGCGCUGUGGCUAUCUUUCAUCUCAAGCGGUGUGCAAAGCCUGCGUUCUGCUGGACGGACUUAAUAAAGCACGGCCGCGUACAGAGAUCGAAGUAUCAGACGCCGGCGUCUGA